GCAGCGACCCUUUCAAAUUCAAACAAAAACCAUCUUCCCGCAGCAGAGCAAAUGAUUGAGCUGCGCCGCUCGUGACCAUCUUCUCCGUUUUUCUCUCCGCCGUCCGCUACCGUCUCUUACGGCGGAGAGAUAGAGAUAGAGAUAGAGAGAGAGAGAGAGAGAGAGAGGAGAUUCUCGCGUUUCCUUGCACUUGUUCUGUCCCUUUCAUCAGACCCAUUUUCUCUCUGUCAGCAUUGUGAGCUUGUUUAUAGCCAGCUGUUUUGCCACUGCUUUAUUGACUCUUGAAACAGAGAGAAAAGAGGAGAUUCUGUAUACUCCGCUCAUUCCUCGCCCUUUCUUGCCUGUUUCUAUAUUCGAUAUUUUUGAGGAUUGAUAUCUGUUCUUAUCUGAUCAAAGAAAGGCAGCAGCUGCCAUGGAAACAGGAGAAUCUGUGGCAAAGGUUAUGAAGAACAUGGGCCCCCACACCUGUCAAAUAUGUGGAGAUAACGUUGGGAAGACCAUUGAGGGUGAAGUGUUUGUUGCUUGUGAUGUUUGCACAUUUCCUGUUUGCAGACCAUGUUAUGAGUACGAGAGAAAAGAUGGGAAUCAGUCUUGUCCUCAAUGUAAAAGCAGAUACAAGAGACACAAAGGAAGUCCUGCUGUUCUAGGCGACGAAGAUGACGUUGAGCUUGACGACGACAACGACGACGCCAUUGAUUUAAAUUACAUUUCUGAAAGUCAAAAACAGAAGCAGAAGAUUGAGGAGCACAUGAUGAACUGGCGGAUGUCAUAUGGACAAGCACAAGAUCUCCCGCCUCCAAAUUAUGACAAAGAAGUUUCUUUAAAUCACAUUCCCUUGCUCACCAAUGGGCAGGUUUCCGGAGAACUUUCAGCUGCAUCGCCCGAGCAUCAUUCAAUGGCAUCACCUGGACAUCCUCGUGGGAAGCCGAUAUAUUCUCUUUCUUACGCAGCUGAUAUCAACCAAUCACCUAAUGUGCGAGACGUGGACGCUACAAAGGAGUAUAAUUCAUCAGGGCUAGGCAACGUAGCGUGGAAAGAGAGAGUCGAUGGCUGGAAGAUGAAACAAGAGAAGAAUGCUGUUCCAAUGAGCACAGCCCAUGCUGCAUCCGAAAGGGGAGGUGGAGAUAUCGAUGCCUGCACGGAUGUGCUUGUCGAUGAUUCCUUAUUAAAUGAUGAAGCUCGUCAGCCUCUCUCGCGAAAGGUUUCUAUUCCAUCAUCAAGGAUAAACCCUUACCGAUUGGUGAUUGUUCUUCGGCUCGUGAUUAUUUGCUUUUUCUUGCACUACCGAAUAACGAAUCCUGUACGUAAUGCAUACGCUCUAUGGCUGGUAUCUGUUAUAUGUGAGAUCUGGUUUGCAAUAUCCUGGAUAUUAGAUCAGUUUCCGAAGUGGUUUCCUGUAAACCGUGAGACAUAUCUCGAUCGGCUUGCAUUAAGAUAUGAUAGGGAAGGAGAACCGUCACAGCUUGCUGCCGUUGACAUUUUCGUGAGUACAGUUGACCCACUGAAGGAGCCUCCACUUGUCACAGCCAACACUGUGCUAUCCAUUCUCGCUGUUGACUACCCCGUUGACAAGGUCUCGUGCUAUGUCUCUGAUGACGGAGCUGCCAUGUUGACAUUCGAAGCAUUAUCUGAGACAUCAGAGUUUGCAAGAUCAUGGGUGCCUUUCUGCAAGAAGUACAGCAUUGAGCCUCGGGCUCCCGAAUGGUACUUCGCUCAGAAAAUUGAUUACUUGAAGGAUAAAGUUCAUCCAUCGUUUGUCAAAGAUCGAAGAGCGAUGAAGAGAGACUACGAGGAGUUUAAGGUUCGGAUCAACGGCCUGGUAUCGAAGGCGCAGAAGGUUCCCGAAGAAGGAUGGAUUAUGCAAGAUGGAACGCCAUGGCCUGGAAAUAAUACUAGAGACCAUCCAGGAAUGAUCCAGGUUUUCUUGGGCCAGAACGGUGGACUGGAUUCUGAAGGUAACGAGUUGCCUCGAUUAGUCUAUGUAUCUCGUGAAAAACGUCCCGGAUUCCAACAUCAUAAGAAAGCCGGUGCAAUGAACGCUCUUGUUCGGGUGUCAGCUGUUCUUACGAAUGGCCCAUUCUUGUUGAAUCUCGACUGUGAUCACUACAUAAACAAUAGCAAGGCGUUGAGGGAAGCAAUGUGUUUCAUGAUGGAUCCAAACCUAGGAAAAUAUGUCUGUUAUGUUCAGUUUCCUCAAAGAUUUGACGGUAUCGAUAAGAACGAUCGAUACGCCAACCGUAAUACUGUUUUCUUUGAUAUAAAUUUAAGAGGUUUAGAUGGUAUUCAAGGACCAGUUUAUGUGGGUACUGGAUGUGUUUUCAAUAGAACUGCACUGUAUGGUUACGAACCUCCUCUCAAACCGAAGCGUCGGAAACCAGGGGUUCUGUCGUUACUCUGUGGUGGAUCGAGAAAGAAAAAUUCAAAAUCAAGUAAAAAGAGUCCCGACAAGAAGAAGUCGAACAAGCACGUGGACCCGACAGUGCCAAUUUUCAAUCUCGACGAUGUUGAAGAAGUCGUUGAAGGUGCUGGAUAUGACGAUGAGAAGGCACUGCUAAUGUCGCAUAUGACUCUCGAGCAAAGGUUUGGCCAGUCAGCUGUUUUCGUUGCCUCGACCCUUAUGGAAAACGGCGGCAUUCCUCAAUCUGCAACACCUGAAUCUCUUCUGAAGGAGGCUAUUCAUGUUAUCAGCUGCGGAUACGAAGACAAAACCGACUGGGGAUCUGAGAUUGGAUGGAUUUAUGGCUCUGUCACUGAAGAUAUCCUUACAGGAUUCAAAAUGCAUGCUCGUGGUUGGCGGUCGAUUUACUGCAUACCAAAACGUCCUGCCUUUAAAGGGUCGGCGCCUAUCAAUCUUUCAGAUCGACUAAACCAAGUUCUUCGAUGGGCGCUCGGUUCCGUGGAGAUUCUUCUGAGUAGGCAUUGCCCUAUGUGGUAUGGCUAUGGUGGAAGGCUCAAAUGGCUCGAAAGGUUUGCGUAUGUAAACACGACAAUCUAUCCGAUCACCGCUGUUCCUCUUCUCAUGUACUGUACGUUACCAGCCGUGUGUCUGCUGACAAACAAAUUCAUUAUUCCCCAGAUUAGUAACAUUGCAAGUAUAUGGUUUAUAUCCCUCUUCCUCUCCAUCUUCGCAACGGGAAUUCUCGAGAUGAGAUGGAGCGGAGUCGGGAUCGACGAGUGGUGGAGAAACGAACAAUUCUGGGUGAUCGGUGGCGUUUCAGCUCACCUGUUUGCUGUUUUCCAAGGUUUGCUCAAGGUUCUAGCUGGAAUCGACACGAACUUCACCGUCACGUCCAAGGCAUCGGAUGAAGAUGGCGACUUCGCCGAGCUUUACUUGUUCAAAUGGACAACUCUUCUCAUUCCACCAACUACACUCCUUAUAGUAAACCUGGUUGGUGUCGUUGCAGGCAUAUCUUAUGCAAUCAACAGCGGAUACCAAUCAUGGGGACCGUUGUUUGGCAAGCUAUUCUUUGCCUUUUGGGUGAUCAUCCAUCUCUAUCCCUUCUUGAAAGGUUUAAUGGGUCGUCAAAACAGAACGCCGACCAUCGUCGUCGUGUGGUCGAUUCUACUUGCUUCCAUCUUCUCGUUGUUAUGGGUAAGAAUCGAUCCGUUCACUACAACAGUCAUAGGUCCCGACGUCGAGGAGUGUGGAAUCAACUGCUAGUUUUACCAUAAAUGGAUGUAAUGGCUUAAAGUGCUUUACUAAUAGCUUGUAAUAUAAGAGUUUGAUAUGAUACAAACUAUAGAGUAUUGAAAAUAUAUAACCAUUUUAAGUACUAA